UGCCCUUCUUGCUGAUUUGGAGAACACCAGCUCUCCUCUUCCACGGUGUCCUGUCUUGUUGACCUCUGACCCGCCACAGAACGCUGGUGCCACCUCCCAGGACCCAGCCCAAGCUCGACCACCACCUCCAGCCUAUACACCACAGCAUACGGUCUCUGCUGUAAUGAAGUCCUCACAGAACUCACACCCAGACAAAUUAUACAGCACAGUGUGUAAACCACGCUCCCCCCACGCAGCCGAUCCUCCUCCUGCCUUCUCCUCCUCGCUGCUGGGCGGAGGUCUAAACGAACUGGACCAUUUGUUACAGGAGCUCAACGCCACCCAGUUCAAUAUCACAGACGAGAUCCUGGCCCAGUUUCCUUCUAAGAAAGACGAGAGGGACAAGAUGAAAGACAAGGCCUCAACAUCGCCAACAUCCAGCUCUGCAAAGCCCUCAGCAACAUCUGCUACAAUGGAGCUGGACAAAUUAAUGGCUUCUCUGUCCGACUUCAGAGUCCAGACUACACCGACUCCACCGGUCAACCCGGUGGUUACAGCCCCGCAGCAGCCCGUGGUCCCACAGCAGCCCGCUGCUCCAACACAGCCAUCGUCUGAGGGUUCAUUGGACAGCAUGCUGGGACUCCUCCAGUCAGACCUGAGCCGACAGGGAGUUCAAACAUCCUCCAAAGGAAACUGUUCAGCGUGCCAGAAGCCAGUUUUAGGACAGGUGGUGACGGCUCUGGGGAAGGUGUGGCACCCGGAGCACUUUGUGUGCACCGAAUGCGAGACAGAGUUGGGCAGUCGCAACUUCUUUGAGAAGGACGGCCGGCCGUACUGCGAGCCGGACUACUUCACCCUCUUCUCCCCGCACUGUGCACACUGCAGUAAACCCAUACUGAAUAAAAUGGUCACCGCUCUCGACAAGAACUGGCACCCCGAGUGUUUCUGCUGCGUCAACUGCAGCCGCACCUUUGGAGACGAAGGUUUCCAUGACCGGGAGGGCCAGCAGUACUGCCAGCAGUGCUUCUUGACUCUGUUCGCCUCCCGCUGUCAUGGCUGCAACAAACCUAUUCUGGAAAACUAUAUCUCAGCUCUGAGCUCCCUCUGGCACCCACAGUGCUUCGUAUGUAGGGAAUGCUACAGCCCCUUCGUGAACGGCAGCUUCUUCGAACACGAGGGGAAGCCGCUGUGCGAGGCGCACUACCACCAGUCCCGCGGCAGCAUGUGCCAGGCCUGCCAGCAGCCCAUUCUGGGCCGCUGCGUCACCGCCAUGGGGGCCAAGUUUCACCCCCACCACCUCGUGUGCCACUUCUGCCUGAAGCCGUUGAGCAAAGGCUGCUUCAAGGAGCAGGAAAACAAACCGUACUGCCACCCCUGCUUCAUCAAACUGUUCGGCUGAAUACGCCGCUCACAGAUUUGUGCUCAAAUCCUCUGAAGUGGAGAAGCUGCACGACGCUUCUUCAGAAAUGUUUUUCUAAUUCAGUCCAAAGGGGAGGAUGGAGCAGGUCUCUGUUUGAGGAAGGGUGGAAAAGUAAUCCAACAUGUUUUUAUUUGUUUUUUAGAGAAAAGGGACUGAAUCAUACACCUCUAAUGUUAAAUUAUCCAGUCACAAAAUGAUGCCAAAUAUUUUCUCAUGUAUGUAAAUAUUUUACAUAUGGUCUGUUUUGAAUUGAACAUUAAUUGAAUUAUUUUGCCAAAGAAAGAAAUCAAAUGUUUUGUUUCAAAAAUAAAAAAAUGUUCCCAUCCCCUGCAAAAAAAAAUUAAAAAAAUCAUUUUAAUAUAUUUGCUUUGUAUUACUACGUGUACACGUUUCACUGCUUUACAUAUAUAUAAUUUGCUAAUAACUAUAUGUUUAUUUUCCAUACCACAUGUUUAAAGUCAGAUAUUUUGUAUUCUUGUGCUGUGGCUUCAUGCAAAUGCCAAAACAAAAUAAAAAAAGCACUUUUAAA